UUCAAAUUGCUGUGAGUAAGGGCGGAAGUGAAGUAUCUGGAAGCUCUGGUUUUGGUUUGGGUUGAAUUGCUUGUGAUCCAGAAGCCGGUGGAGUGCUCUAGUAUGGCUGUAAAUAUAGUGGUUGAGUAUUGUGAGCCAUGUGGGUUUAAGUCCCACUAUGAAGAAUUGGCGAGUGCUGUGCGGGAGGAGUUUCCUGAUGUCGCCAUUGACUCUCGUCCUGGGGGAACCGGAGCCUUUGAGAUAGAGAUCAAUGGACAACUGGUUUUCUCCAAACUGGAGCUUGGUGGAUUUCCCCACGAGAAAGAUAUGAUGGAAGCUAUUCGAAAAGCCAAAUCUGGCGAACCAUUACAGAAAAUCACCAACAGUCAGGCGCCAUGUGUUAUUCUGUAACUCUUCCUGCCUUAUCAAGACAAAACUAUUAUUCCCUUACCUUGUUACUGAACUUUCACCAUAGUGGCCUAAGAAUGUCCUGUAGUUCCACCUUUUACAACGUUUCAGCCAAGGAUACACUUCUCUUUAAAAUGUUAUCCAUGAGCUGUGGAUAACAUAACAAAUAUGUCCAUAUUGGGAAGUACCAUGUGGAAUUAGUCUAAGAUGGUGGCAGGAAGUAGAGAGCAUUGGAUUAUGGGAUGCACCAUCGUAAAGUGUACACAAAGGCCCAGUCGUUGGCAGGUAGAGGAAAGUAGGGCACAUUUUCUCAUACAAUGCCUGUAUCUGUGAUGGCAGAGAUGAAUAAGUGUCAUGAAUAAUGCCAGAAGGCACUGGUAUCUAACUAGUCUUUCCUUAUCGUCCCGAUGUAAGCGAUCAAUGUUUAAUAAAAGGAAAAUAAUAUUA